GAUCUUUUGGCUCAAAAUUUAUUGACUGUACAGAGUAUGCUGAGAGAAAGGUCCUGCUCACGUGAUCAACAAAGGAAGAUCAUCACUCAUUCUUUGGAGUCAUUGCAUGAUGCAGCACUUACUGUAACGGGAUCACGUGAUCCUUUGAGCCGGUACCAGCUCUUACUUUGCAAAGAACUGGUUUUGAAUAUAAUGGAAUUAAUAUUUCUUUCGAUAGACGAGGAAAAAGAGGAGGAAGAAUAUAUUGUAUCAAUCCAGUCAUUACUUGAUAUCACACAGUUCAUUAAUGAUGGUGUCUCUGUGGGUGUGGCGAGAAAUGACUGUCAACGUCCAAGACUGGCUGUGGCGGACAUAUUUGACACCUUUGUUUUAGCUCGUGGGCGUGUUAUCUGUGAUAGUAUCCUAGCAACAAGCCUCCUCCCACUUCACCGGAUAAAGUGUCUUUAUAAUUUUAAUGAAAUUCUAACAAAAUCAAUAAUUGGACUAAUAAAAGGGGUAACCUCAUUAUUAACUGAUAGUAGGAGCAAAUUUUGUCGUGGGAAAACUUGGCAGGAAUGUAUUCGAUUGGUUGAUGGCUUUCAUGAUAGUGGCCUAUGCUUAAGAAUCAAUACAAGGAUAUGGCAAUGUGUUGGUGAUAGACUAUUAUCAAUCCUUUCAGUUGAAGACAUAUUAGAGAGUGAACUAAGAGAUAAAGUAAAAGCACUUCUCCACCAAUUUAUAUCAUCACAUGACACUAAUGCAGUUGCUCUGUAUUCUCCUGCUAUCUAUUGUUUCAAGUAUGUAUUAGCACGUUUAGAUGUAGAAGCAUCAAAUGAUAUCAUUUAUAAUGCUAUUGAAGAAAAUAUUCAUUUGCUGCAUGUCUCUUCAUACAAACUAGCAUCAUCUAAUGUGAUCCAGUCAUUAUCAAAAUCAAUCCUCUCACCUAUGAAUGACUCAGUCUCUCUGCUAUCACUCACCUUUAAAAACCAUGGAUCGAAAAUAAAUGAAGAGAAGACACAAGCAGUUGCCAUAGAAACUGAUAGACUCCACCUCUUUUGUCCAUUGUUGUAUUCAGUUCAUAGUUUGAUCUGGUCAUUGGGAAGGUGGCUGACUCUCUCAAUUAAGGACAGCAUCAUUUCUGGUCGUUUGUCAGCCAUUACUUCUCUUUUCUUUAUUCAUGGACCUCUCUUGCUCAAGAUGGAGGACGAAUUAAUUAAUGGGUGUGGUCAAGCAGGCGUGGCUCAUUUAUCACUCCCUCGGUCAUCGUCACAAUAUUGGGUGGGACAAUAUUGUGGGAUCCAGUAUGGAGGAUUGAGUGAUUGUAGUGAAUGGAUUGAAUAUCAAUUAUCAAGUCUUUGUUGCACAUUUUUUAAUCAAUGGAGAGAGAAAUGUCGUCAAAUUCUUGAGACUCAUUUCCCACCUCCUUCAGCCUGGAAGCAGCAAAAAGGAGGUGAUGAUGCUCCCUCAUUUUAUGUGAGUGUCUGUAAGGAACAGUUGAUUGAUCCUUUACUCCAAGCCUCUCAGUCUCUUGUGGAUACAGUCACACAAUGUUAUGUAGUUCAGAUAUCAGUAUCAAUCUUAUUUUAUGAAUUAAGGGCGAUAUUAAUGAAAGAUGAUAGAUACAAACUAAGCUCUGUUGGAGUCUUGCAGUUAAGAAAGGAUUACACAGAGCUGCUCUCAUUACUGACAGAACCUGCCAAUGGACUGCAUUCAAUCACACACUCUCUCAUAGCACUCUUAGGUGUGGCAUGUGACAUAAAGGCAGGGCUUGAUUUAUUGACCCAAGAAUCAAGUCCGUCUGAAAACACUGCUACUGCUACUAGUGAAGUAAAAGGAUGCCAGGAUCAUUAUUUGCUGAGAAUCGGUCGUAGUGUUGACAUCAUUGAGAAGGUAGCAUGGCUCAAUCACAGAGACUGGAAUAACCUCAAAUAAAAAACAUUAUAAAAUAAUGAACAUUAUAUUUCUUAUGAAUAAACUCCUAUUGAUUGAUGAUGUGCUACAUGACUAAAAGUGGGAAUCCUAUGAUUGAGCCACAAUAAGUUGUACGAUUCUGCAUAUAAGGUUUUGUGUGCUUUCAUCAUGUGAAUACUUACCCACACACUGUCUGGACUUAGAGUUAGCUGAUCAGGCGAGUUCUCAUAUGUCAUUGUUGUAGCAACAGUUAGCUCUGUAGUAGCCGACAAUUAAUUACAACCUGGCCAUAUUUGACCAUUAUAUUUGAUGUGACAGUUCACAGGCUCUUGUUGUCAGGCUUCCAUAACUGUUGUCACUCAACAUUGAUGCCUAUAAUUGAGCACCAUGCCACCACCCAUUACUGUGUCUUGCCUGAGUAUAUCUCUCAAUUAAGAAGUUAUGCUCAUUAUUAAGGGAUUGUCAUAAAAUAUUUUGACUAUCCUAGGAUAGUUUACUUGAGAAAAUUUUGGUAGUUCACAUGCAAGUGUUACAAGUGUUGGUUAAUGUUGGUAGUAACUGUUGGCAUGAAUGAACUGUGAUGUCUACACUUGUAUAUUGGCCAUUUGGUAAGAAUUUAUUAGAUUUGCAAAGUUUGUGAUCAUUUCAGCAUUAGCAUUGUUAGCAGUUGCUGUGGUCUAAUCUUAUUCACACCUUCAGCUAGGAAGUUCAGGUUGUUCACACUUCAAAAGGUGACACUUAUAAGAAUUAAUAUUUGAUCUCUGAUCUAACGUUGUGGUAGACCUUUCCAUGGCAACAAAGAGUGUGACAUCAGGCUGUCUAUAACUGAGGGAGGAAACCUCAAAAUAUAUCUAAAUAUGGUAUUAGGGAUUUAAGGUGUGCCUACAAUACAACUGUGAGUACGUGACAUCAUCAGCCUGCUCUUGUAUAUAAAGGAAGAUGACUGCUAUAGAAAUCAUCUAUUCAAUUCAAUCUCAGAAGUAAUUCUUUAUAGUAUUAUCUCUAAGAAAGAAAGAUGUCAAAAUCUAUAUUCAUUGGAGUAGUUUUGGCUGCACUUUUUGUGGUCACUCUAGCUCAAACUCAAUGUCUUCCUCAGGUCAGGGUUAGCUAUAAAGUCAGGGUCUUCUUCAACCAAACUUAUGAUGUCUGCAAUGCCACUACAGAAGAGCUGGAAGCAUUGGCUGGAAGAAUUACUACUCAGCUAUUCUCGGCAUCUACUGGUUUAGAUGCUAGCUGCAGUGCAACAUUGGAUGGUGAUAGUGUGGAGUGCAAGGAUGAGAAGACCAAGUCAAACUCUAAAAGCAAAUCAAACUCUAAAAGCAAAUCAAAAAGUGGGAAAGGAAAGAGCAGAGAAAGGAGCAAAACAAGCAAAGGUGACAAAUUAGAAUUUGAUGUCGUCAUAGCUUGUACAAAUGGUUCCAACCCAUGUCUCUUGGCUGAGUCUAACUCUAUAUCAACCGUUGUCAAUAAUAUCCGUGGCAUUCUUGAACGUUUCCAGCUCGAGAAUAUGCAGUCUCUUACUUUGGGUGAUAUGACAGCUGAUGCAAUGAUAAGGAGACCAAAAGUUGAAAGAUAUUGUCAAGUGCCUUCAACUCUUAGGAGAGGAAGGGGAAAGGGAAAAGGAAAGCGACCAAUGACUUGCAACUGCCCUGAAACAUGCCCAAUGUAGAAUCUGGGUGCAAUACUCAAAAGAAAAGAAAUAAUAUAUAAACUAGCUAUAUGUAAUGAUCAGAUUUCUAGUGUUUUGUAAUAAUUGCUAUAUAUUCUGCCAAUUCCCUUUAAUUUUUUACUUUUGGUUUUAUGAUACCUGAUAAUCUUUAAAA